CAGAGCUGAACGCGAGGCAGCGCGCGCAGAGCCAGCGCAGCUGGGCAGGGGGAGCGGACGCGGGGGGCUGGCAGCUCGGCGUCUGCCGUCGCUGAAUCUCUCUCCUUGUGCCCUGUGUCCACCUGCCCUUGUUUUAAGUGGCAGCUUUCCCAGUGAUUCAUUGAGGCACUGAAAGUCAUUUUGGCUUGCCCAGGCAAAAGUGUGACGUAAUCAAAAGCUGUGAACUGAAGAAGACAGUGUGCGGACGUUGCCCUCAAAACCAACAGCAACAGGCAGAACAAGGCCAGGAUUUACAGGCUGGAUUUAGACUAAAUUAAAAUAAAGAAUAGGAAAUUUAACAGCGCGGGGAACAAGCCUUCAGGAUAAACACAGGAGCAGUAGUUCAUCAUCAUUUCUAGUCUUUACAGGCAUCUUUCUGAGACACGCAUGUGAGUUUGGAAAAUGAAUUAAGGACUUUCUGCAAGCGUUGCAGGUCCUGUGAAAUGCAUUUUGCAGAUCGCAUCAGACAGUUGUGACGGUUCCUUUAGGUUUGAAAUCAAGGGCAUUGCCAUACCUUUCUCAGAGCUGGGGAAGCAUGCUGCUCCACAAGCCCCCACCCCCCGGGACGGCAUUGUACCAAGGCCCCGGUCCUCCCUUUUCCUGUAGGUGGGGUUUCCAUAGGAAACACCAGCUUGUCCACCUCCCAGCCCUGGCUGGCGGCCGGCCGGACACGGCGCUCCCCGACUGAAACUGCUUUGGUGGCGGUCCUCUUCUCUCGUGCCGGUCCUCUUCUCCUCUGGCGCCGAGGCUCUUCAGCCCAGCAAUCGCCCGCACCUUCUGCCUGUCCUCCGGCAAUGGUAGGGAAGAGGAGAACUGCUGCUCAGCACAGCUGGACUUGCAAUUUCUUUUCCUUUCCAACUGGUAACGUGCGCCUAUGGGAUUUGGAAAUGGGAGAAGAUGCCAAGGAUUUGCACAUACUGUAAGCUUUGUUUGGGUAUGCAGAGAUACAUAGACAAAUCCGCUGACCUGGGACAGAGCGGCAGCGCGGUUGGCUUUCUCAGAAGCAUGCUUUUGCUGUGCCGCUUUACUCUUCAGAUCCCAGCCUUGUGGUGGUACCUUUUUCUCUCUGUGGAUGCCCAGGAGGUGGCCACGUUCACAGUGCAAUACAAAGUGUUUGAAGAAGUACCGAAUGGAACGGUAAUAGGAAAAUUAUCGGAGCAUUUUGGUUGGGGUGAGGGAAGUAAAACAGCGGAAACCUUCCAACUGAUGCAGUUUCCAAGGAGGUUCCCUCUCCGGAUGGGAAGUGGGGAUGGCUUGCUCAGCACUGCCGGGCGGGUGGACAGGGAACAGCUCUGCAGGCAUAACGAUCCAUGCUUGGUCUCUUUUGAUGUGCUGACUGCCCGAAAUUCGGCUCUAAUCCAUGUGGAGAUUCAAGUAUUAGAUAUCAAUGAUAAUAAGCCUCAAUUUCCAACCCCUGAACUGGAGCUGGAGAUUUCAGAGAGCGCAUCUUUACGGACACGGAUCCCGCUGGACCGAGCCUUGGAUCCGGACGCUGGCCGCAAUGCGCUCUGCUCCUACUCGCUUUCUCCCAGCGAACACUUUGCUCUGGAGGUUGUCUCAGGCUCUGAUGGAACAAAACAUGCAGAGCUUGUUGUUGUUAAAGAAGUAGACCGAGAGCUGCACUCUUCUUUUGAUCUAAUAUUGACAGCUGUUGAUCAUGGGGAACCGCCAAAAUCAGGUACCGCUCUAAUUAAAGUCAUAGUUCUUGACUCCAAUGAUAACAGCCCUGUCUUUGCAGAGAGCUCUUUGACAGUAGAGAUUUGGGAAGAUGCUCUACCUGGGACUCGUCUCAUAACAGUCACAGCCACCGACCCUGACCAGGGUCCAAACGGAGAAAUAGAGUACUGCCUCAGCAAGCACGCUCCCCUGGAGGUGCUGAGCACCUUCAGCAUCGAUACCCGGACUGGCAGCGUUGUCCUGAAGCACCCCCUGGACUACGAGGAAAUCCACGCCUAUGAGCUGGAUGUACAGGCCAGAGAUCUGGGCGCCAAUCCCAUUCCAGCACACUGCAAGAUCCUCAUCAAAGUGCUGGAUGUCAACGACAACGCCCCCGAUGUUCACAUCACCUGGGCUGCUCGAGUGCCUGUGCUCUCCGAGGCCCUUCCCAAAGACAGCUUUGUGGCUCUGGUGACCGCUAGUGACCCCGAUUCAGGAAACAAUGGACAAGUGCAUUGCUCUCUUAGUCAAGGAUAUGAACACUUCAGGCUGAAAAGGACCACCAGCCACAGUUUCGUGCUGAUGACCAAUGCCACCCUGGACAGAGAGCUGUGUGCUGAAUACAACCUGACCUUGCUGGUGCAAGACCAGGGCAAUCUCUCCUUAACUGUGUUCAAGUACCUCACUAUUUGUAUCAGUGAUGUUAAUGACAACGCCCCAGAAUUUGAAAAGGGUACCUACGAUACUGCCAUUGCUGAGAACAGUCAAUCACCUUUUUACUUGAUUACUGUCAGUGCCAAUGAUCCUGACUUAGAUUUCAACGGAAAAAUCACCUACAGCAUCCAGGAUUCCUUUGUUUCAGGUCUGGUCUCUAUUGACCCUAGCACUGGGGAUAUUUUUGCCCUCCAAGCUUUUGAUCACGAGCAAAUGAGCAGCCUCGAGUUCUUGGUGACCGCAGAAGACGGCGGUCACCCCAAACUCGUGUCAAACGUCUCUGUGAGGUUGGCUGUGCUUGAUGAGAACGACAAUGCCCCCGUCAUCACUGAGCCGGCGCUGGUGGGAGGCGCUGCAACGAUUUCCGUUCUCGUCAGCCCACAGACGGGGUGCUUCUGCACAGCCCCCGGGAACUGGAGUGCCCCCGGGGCAGCACCUGUGAACAUGACACGCGUGUCCUGCUCAGACGCUCCCCUGCUCUUUACCAUCACAGCCAGGGACAUGGACUCUGGCCGGAACGGAGCUCUCCAGUAUGUCAUUGUGGGUGGGAACGAAGCCCAGCUGUUUGUCCUCGAUCCACUCUCAGGGCAGGUGUUCCUCAACUCCAGCAAUGCCAGUAGCCUGGCUGGGAGCCAGAGGGAGCUGGUGAUACGUGUGAGUGACAGAGGAGACGUGCCCCUGCACACCCAGGCCUGCAUGCGGUUAGUUUUCAGAAAUCAUGGUGCUUUCUCCAAAAUCUCAGCCCAGGGGUCGCAGAGGCUGAGCCCGUCAGUAGUCACUGUUAUCUGCCUGGCUGCUCUCUUAGGCAUGUUCCUUCUUAUUCUGGUUUUAAUUGUGUCUUUGUGCAAAAAAGAGAAGAAGGAUAGCAUGGCUUACAACUGCAGGGAGGCAGAGGACGCCUACAGGCAGCAGCAGCUCAAGAAGCCACACAGGCAGAUUCAGAAGACAGACAUACACCUAGUCCCGGUGCUCAGGAGCAGGUCGGAGGGGCCCAGAGAAGCUGAGCUCUUGCGUCCCUGCGAGGAGGCUCUGCUGAGCGAGAGUGCCAUGGACCCUGAGUACGGGGGCUCCCUGCAGGCUCCUUUCCACCUGACCCCCACUCUCUAUCGGACCCUGAGAAACCAGAGGAACCAGAGAGACUCAGAUGAGCAGCAGGAUGCUUUUAACCUCACUCUAAUGCAGCGUCGGCCCUGCCAGCCUCACAAACUGAAAAAUUCAGCCAAAGAGCCUGCGAGCUCUCUGGACGCACUGCCUCAUUGCAAGAGCUUGGUGAAGCCACAGCUGAGGCCAGUGGGAGACUCCUUGCCACCAGCUAGCCAGCCCACGGGCACAGCUCUGAAGGGGCGGAGUGGUGCCGAGGUGGACGGGGCGCCUGGCGAGGCCCAGCCCCACCAGCACAUCCUCAGGAGCCUGGUCCGGCUCUCCCUGGUGGCGCUUGCAGAGCAGAGCCCCACGGGGGAAUUCGCCAUGGAGUCGCCCCCAGUUCAGCAAAUCUCUCAGCUGCUGUCCCUGCUGCACCAGGGCCAGUUCCAGCCCAAAACAAAUCACAGGGGAAACAAAUACACGACCAAGAACGGUAGCAGGGCUGCAGGGCUGGAUGCCGACUGCCUGAGUACGAAGGACAGUGGCCAUGGAGAGAGCGAGGCAGAAGACCGUGAUUCAGAGAAUGGGUUUGAUCUUUCCAUGCAGCAACUGGUGGGAGAAGAACUUGAGACCCUUCUGGAACCGCAGGCAGAGCUGGCCCUCAAGAGGCUGACGGCUGCUGACCCAGAAUGGGUGGCUCGGCUCUCCUUGCCGCUCACCAGUAGUUACAAGGACAAUGUCUUCUCCCCUGAUUCUCUGCAUUCACCUCAGGACCAGGAAGCUGCAAGGCAGGAGAAACCAAGGACCUUUGAGACAUUUGGCAAAGUUACUGAGUCUGACUCGAGUGCCGCUGGGACAAAACUGGCCAGCACUUUCCUUUCAGAAAUGAGCACCCUCUUUGAAAUGAUUUUGUCCCAGAAGGUCCAAGCCCACAAUGAAACAGGCUCAGGGCUUCUGCGGCAGCUGUCAGCACGUGGGAAGAGCCUUGGACUGGAUGACAGUGCUCCUGUUCCGUAGGCAGCUUGGCA